AUGUCGGACCUCACCACCUUCUCGGCCCUCUCCUUCGACUGCUACGGCACCCUCAUAGACUGGGAAUCCGGCCUCCUCUCAGACCUCUCCCCGCUCCUCACCGCCCUCCCUUCCUCCCACCCCUGGCACACCACACCUUUACUCGCCGUGCAGCGCUUCAACGACCACUCAGAGCACCUCUGGGCGACGCAGCCCAAACUCGCCUACGACGCCAACCUGGUCGAGUCCUUCCGCCGGCUGGCCAAAGAACAGAACGUCAACCUCCCCGAAGAGACAUUGUCGCGAAUCGGCGAUGGACCCGGCCGGUGGCCAGCCUUCGCCGACACGGUGGAAGGACUUUUAAAGUUGGGGAGGUACUACAAGCUGAUCAUCCUCAGCAACGUCAACGAGGCCAACAUUACGCGGGCCGUGGCGGGGCCGCUGGCCGGGGCGAGGUUUGACGCCGUCUACACUGCCGAGGCAAUCGGGAGUUACAAGCCGAGCCACGACAACUUUCGGUAUCUAUUUGCGGGAGCCAGGAGGGAAUUUGGGGUGGACAAGGAGCAAGGGGGGCUGCUGCAUGUGGCGCGGAGCCUGACGGCCGACCAUGUCCCUGCGAAGGAACUUGGGUUGAGGAGCGUGUGGAUUGCGCGCGGAGGGGAUAAGCCAGAGGGGUACGGGACGGGAGGGGAUUACGAGAAGCUGAAGGGGGAGGGGAAGCUGGCGUUUGAGUGGAUGUUUCAGACGAUUGGGGAGUUUGCGGAUGAGGUCGAGAGGCAGUUUGCUGCGAAGGAGCAGGAGUAG